AUCCUCGGCGAAUGAAAUGGCGUGUAACAUAGGUUAAAAAUAUCAAGCGGUGCAAGUGUAGAUUUUAUCCCUGUCGGAAGGCCCAGCUACUGGGAUGAAUGACUGCGAGUUUAUCCGAGUUGUAACAAAGGAGGAUGAAGAAUGUUUUUUGUUAACAAAGUUGAAGAAUGGUGGACAAGAGGGAUUUGAUCUAACACUAUGCUGUAAUGGCAGUGUUUGGUCAGGGACAGUGUCUGAAGAUGACCUUGACACGUUAUGUUCCCGACUGAAGAUACAGUUUAACAAAUAUGUGAAGGAGACGGUGGAGGCUUUGACCAACAGCAGUGAGUGUAAACGCUCAUUCCAGUAUGAGUUGAAGCGUGGAAAAGAUAAGGCAGAGUUCUCCUGGAAAAAGCAUGUUCCGGAUGAGGAUAUUACUUUUCAGCUGGGAAGUGCAACACUGAAGUCUCGGGUCGACUCAGCUCAAAUGAUUACAAAGAUAUACAACCAUUGUAUAGAGAACAUACAGGAACUUAAAACAAGAAUACAUAGCCUGGAAACAGACAACCAACGUCUCUCGCAGGAACGCAUAAAUGCUUUAAAGAGACUUGAGAAGUGUGUUGUAGCAAAAGAAGAGCUGGAAAAUGAUCUAUACUCAAAGUUCUCUUUGGUGCUUAAUAGGAAAAAAGAAAAAAUACGGCAGUUGAAAGAACAAGUGCAAAGUGGUGUGUUUGGUAAUAGCACAGAUAUUAAACAGUCACCUGAAGAAUCAGAGACAAGUACUACACGAGUAAAGCGGCAAAGAACAGGGACACAGGAUAGCAAGUCACAGAACAGUGGCUCUGAAGAGAACACAGAUGAAGAAGAGACACCUAAAACAAAGAGAAGUCGGACUGGGACACAGAAGAAGCGAGAGUCAGGGGGAGAUGACUCACUGAUACUUGACAACGAUGAUGAUACAGAAAGUGGAACAUCAGUAUCAAGGCCACGCCGUCAAAGAGGUCGACAACAGAAAAAGCAAACACCAGCUAAACCAGUGCUACCACGAGUAGGUUCAGGGGAAGCCACUCCAGGAAGUGAGCGAAAGUCUCGUCUACGCAAAAGUGGUUCUUCAAAUAGCAACAGAUCUAGUGAGAACGUUGAUGCAGACGACCUGCUGGGUGACUUAUAGGAUGGAAACAUCACCAGUCUGGUGCAAAGGAAAAGCACAGCAGUAAUGUUGAACUAGAGUACAUGAAAAUUUGUUUACAAUUUUCUGCCUUAAUGUUUGUGUAAAACACAUUAAUACAUAUGGUUUGAGUAUCAUUUUAUGCAUGGGCAUAUUCAGUUUCAAAAUGAAUUGGAUUCAGAGGUGCUUCUUUUUAAAGAACUUCAUAAAAUUCAGCCUGUGGUAUAGAUGGCAAACAGGAAGACAGUGUACAUUUAACAUAUGAAAUGUUCUUUAUAAUCUUGAUCCAUUAUGUCACAGAAGUUGUUACAAAAAUAGUUGCCAUUUUGCGUUGUGUUGAAAUAAGAGGGCAAAUUUAUUUGAGGCCAUAUGAAAAAAAGAUGAGUAAUUUUGUUUCCUUUUUGCUUUAAAGUUCCGUAAAUUUUGUUUCUUGGUGUUUUUAUUUUGUUAGAUAUAGAGCUUUUGUAGAUGUCAGAAUAUUGUCAUCACGUCUUUAGUACAGAUUUGUGAACAAUUUUUGCACUUCCAUACAUUUAUCAUGCCUUAUUAAAAAAGUUCAUUCUUAAAAGCAUAAAUUUCCAUUAGUUUAACAUAAAAAAAAGGUCUUUUCCAUUCACUGAAGUAUGUUUCUGGAUAAAGACUUCUGACUGAAGUUUGAAGAAGUUUGUUUAGGUGCAGUUAUUCCUUAUUGUCAAGGUCAUUUUAUGUCUGAAUCAGCAGUCCUUGUUUCAGAAGAUAUUGAAAUAAUAACAUUGUUAAUUUGAAAUCAUGAACUUGUUAAUGUUGUUGUCAUUGAAGACUUAAAGAUUUGACAUUUCUAAAAGAUAUGCAUUGUUGAAUAUGUCUUUGAAGGGAAUAAAUAAUUUUUAUUUUUA